ACCAACUGUGGCUGUUCCAUCCCUUUUCCCUUGUGUCCCCAGGCCCAUGGCUGAUGCAAAGGACAGCCAUGUUGUGGAAGCUGUCCCUGAUUGUAGGAUUGAUUGUGCUAGGCACUCAUAUGUGGAUCAUUGACAAAGAAUUUGUAGACAUUAUUAAGGAUAUAGAUUAUUUUGUGGCAUCGGUGGAGUUUGCUGUGGCUCAGUUCAACGACAAUAACCCAGAAGAGAACAUAUACAGGUUGCUGGAAGUUGGGAGAGCCCAGAAAAAGACAUGGACAAUGAUAUUUUUAAUGGAUUUGGAGAUGGGCUGCACAAUUUGUAAGAAACAUGAUGAAAACAUCCAUAAUUGCCCAUUGCUACAUGGCUCAGGAGAGAAAAAGGUGCACUGUGUUUUCCAAGUAGAUGCCCGACCUUGGUUUUCUCGAUUCUCCAUCCUGAAUAGCACCUGUGUGCCAAUAUAAGUAGGAGAGGGGCUCUGGCUACCUACAGUAGUAUCCCUUCAUGAGAGUGUGACUAUCUGUAGUCCAAGGUCUACAAUGCAAUUAGAAGCAAUCUUACAGCAUCUUCUGAACCCCUGAGCAAUGCUUAGGGUCUUCUGGAUUGUCUAUUUUCCAUGGAUACCAUCUUCAGUGACAAGCAAUUGUGUGUGUGUGUGUGUGUGUGUGUGUGUGUGUGUGUGUGUGUAUGUAUGAGUGUAUGUGGGUGUAGCCCUGGCUGUCUCAGAACUAGCUCCGUAGGCCAAGCUGGACUCGAACUCAUAGAGAUUCACCUGCCUCUGCCUCCCGAGUGCUGGGAUUAAAAGCAUGUGCCACCACCA